UUGGCAUUAUAUAAAUACAGAUUUCAGGCUAGAGAGCUCGAAAGUGAAAUCACUGCACGUACAAGAAAAUUAACCAUGAGGCAACAAAGACAGUUAUUUUUUAUGUUGUUUUUGGUAUGUUUUCUGUUCAAAUGUGGCAGUGCAUUUAAAAUGUCGAUGCAGUUUGAAGCAAUCUACCAAUUCGGAGACUCUCUCAACGACAAUGGCAACUUUAUUCGGCUUCCAACCGGGUGGCACUCCGCCUAUGGAAGGCUGCCGUAUGGUCAAGCCUUGAAAAUGCCCACGGGUCGGGCUUCUGAUGGCCUUGUCAUUGGAGACUUCAUCGCAUCGUACUUCCAGCUACCACAACUGAACCCAUAUCUUGCCUAUGGAAGCGAUUUCAGCCAUGGAGUCAAUUUCGCGGUGGUUGGUGCUACUGCUACUGGUGGAGGACGUACCAUUUCCUUGGCGGACCAACUUUCUUGGUUUAAAUAUUAUCUUGCUUCAUCUUUCACUUAUCCGACGGCAAUUAAAGAGAAACUCGAAAAGUCAUUGGUGAUAAUGGGAGAAAUUGGAGGUAAUGACUUCAAUGGUCCUUUCUAUGCCCACAAAACUAUUUCUGAAGUGUCUCUGCUCGUUCCAAAAGUUGUCAAAACCGUCAAAGAUGCAAUUGAGUUUGUGAUAUCCAUUGGGGCUACUAAUAUAGUGGUGCCGGGGAAUUUUGCUAUUGGUUGUGUGCCUCUGUAUCUUGUUGAAUUUGCUACAAAUGAUACCUCAAAGUAUGAUGAGUAUCAUUGCUUGAAAGACUAUAAUCAAUUUGCAAGAUUUUACAAUCAAGAGUUGAUAAAAGUCAUCAAAGAAUUGCAAUAUGAGCAUCCAAAUGUGGCCAUUGUCUAUGCUGACUAUUAUUCCGCAUUGAUAUCCGUUGUUAGAAACGCUCAACAAUUAGGAUUCGAGCAAGAUGGUAUCGAAAAGGCUUGUUGUGGAGAUGGUAAUAAUCCAUACAAUUAUGGUGAGAAAGGUUGUGGGAGUGUUGGAGCUACAGUUUGUGAAGAUCCAAGUAAAAGACUGAAUUGGGAUGGAGUUCAUAUGACUCAACAUGGAUACAAAUGUGUUGUUGAUUCUUUAGUUAAACAGUUUGUUCCUGCACUUGAAAGACAAAUUCGUAGACGACGACGUAACAUAAAUCAUACAUAAUCUAUAGAGUUUUUCACUUACGUACUAAUACUAUUAUUAUUUGGGUAAAUUAAUUAAUUAAGGUUAAAAGGGGUCAUUUUUUGUGUUAGUUAAAUCUUGAUGAGUUAUUGAUAUAUCAAAUUAUUGGCAUUUACAUUACUCAUUAAAGUAAUAAUAAUUAGCUACAUAUUCUUAUACAA